AUGCGGAUGAGCUGCAAUGGGUGCCGGGUGCUCCGCAAGGGGUGCGGCGAGGGCUGCACCAUCCGCCCCUGCCUGGAGUGGAUCCGGAGCGCCGACGCGCAGGCCAACGCCACCGUCUUCCUCGCCAAGUUCUACGGCCGCGCCGGGCUGCUCAACCUCCUCGCCGCCGACGGCCCCGGCCUCCGCCCGGCGCUCUUCCGCUCGCUGCUCUACGAGGCGUGCGGCCGCAUGGUCAACCCCGUCUACGGCUCCGUCGGCCUGCUCUGGUCCGGCCAGUGGGAGGCCUGCCAGGCCGCCGUCGAGGCCGUGCUCAAGGGCCGCCCCAUCGUCCGGGUCACCUCCGACGCGCCCCUCGCGGCGUGCGACAUCCGCCACGUCGCCAAGGCCGACCGCCCUGCCGCGUCUCCGGAGGCCGCCGCGGCGGCCGGCACGGUCCUCGGCGUCUCGCGCGCCGGGCGCACCGGGUUCAAGCGCGCGUCCUCCUCCACGGCCAAGCCCAAGUCCAAGAGCUUCUCCGGCGCCAAGCACGACGGUGGGCUCGACCAAGCGCCGAGCCACGAGGAGUCCGCCGGCAGCCACGACCACGGCAGCCACGUUGAAGACGACGGCAUGGCAGUCGAGCAGGCGAGGGAAGAAGAGUCGUCCGAGGGCACCGACGUUGACGCGGGCUCGCACGUGAGCCAAGCAGAGCGCAGCCCCGUGCCGCCGGUGGCCCAGGACGAGGAGGCACAUGACGACGAAAUCGGGCUGGAGCUGACGCUGGGGUUCCAGCAGGUCACCCCGCGCGUGGUGGCGAGGUCGCCGCCGGCAGGGGCACGCUUCGGCGCCAGCAGCUCGAGCGCCGAGUCCCGCCACAUCGGCCUGCUGCUUGAGCUGCCCGUGGCAUAG